AUGCAACGAGAUCCUCGUUAUCAUUGGUUAGAACAUCGUAUCGUUACGACAAUUGAACCAAAACGCGAUGCGCUCAAUCAAUUAAUUCAAAACGAUGAAAAUCGUCUAUGCAUUGAACAAUUCUUUGAAAAUGAAGAUGUAACGCAUUUAUAUAUUUUAUCUCGAUCGUCCUCGCAUCUUCUAGCACUGAAUACCAUUCCGAUUGAUUUCAAUUCUUAUGAACGAAUCGUUCUCUUUCUCAAAACAAAUUCGACGAGUAAACUAACAAGAGAAAAUCUCGACAAAGAUGUAUCUGUUACCGAGUUGUAUCCUCAAGAAACCGUUCAUUAUAUGGAUAUUAUCAGUCGAGAUGUUUAUCUUCCAUUGUUGUCGUGUAACAAUCUCGUAUCGGAACUGGAAAAGGAUCGUUUUCUAGAUUUAUUCCAUCGACUAUUGAAUCAAACAGCAGCAACGCAUACAUUUCAGUCGGAAUCAGUGGUUCUUCCCUUACCAGCAUUUAACAUUCUCGCACAUAUCUCCCAACAAGAACCGGAACGACAACAAUCGAUUUUGUCGAUUCUAGAAAACACAUUGACCAAUUGGAGUAAACAAAUCAAACAAUUACUUCAAGAAGAAUUGAAACCGUCUUUCUACGGUCGUGAGCAAAACUCCAUCAAAGAUCAAGUUCAGCUUUGGACGUCACGAAUCAAUAAACUAAACAAUCUUCUUGUCCAACUGGAUUCUCCAUUCGUUCAAGAUGUUCUGAAAAACUUAGCAAGAAAUCGUUCACCAUAUCUCGCAUCAUUUAUGGAUAUCAAACAAGAAAUUGCUCGAGCUGUGACACAUGCUGAGAGAAACUUGUCGUUUGUAAGCACCUUACAACCAUGGGCAUAUCAAAUCAAUAAUUCAAAUGAUGUCAAUGAAAUUUUUGCAUUGCUUCCAUCGUUGAUGCAUACGCUCUUUCUCGUUUGGCAACAUUCACAUUAUUAUCAUCAAAAAGAUAAAUUCAAUCAAUUGCUGGAAGUUCUUUCGACGGAAAUUGCGACACGAGCAAAACAGAUCAUCACCACGGAUAUUUCAUCUGAAGAGAAUAAUAAUUCGAUGACCUUGAAAGACGCAUUAUCGAUUUGCGCAAUGUUUCGUGGAACUUAUUUAGAUUAUAAAGAAAAAGCUGAUGCAUUGAAUUCAAAAUACAUGAUACCAGAGAAAAAAAUCGAUCCAUCGAAAAUGCUCAUUUGGCAUGUAAAUCCAUACGGAGAAACAGAUCCACAUAAAGAUAUAACAUCCAACAGCGAUCCAUACGCCGUCUUAAGAAAGUCAAGUCCGUGGCCACCAAGAAAUGCCAAAUGCUUUCAAUCGCUAAACGCAAUUAUCGAAAGAUGCAAUGAUGUUCAAGAGCUGACAUCGACCAUUGCUCAAUUUAAUGAACUAUCGACAACAGCUCGUAUGGGUGGAACAUUAACGAGUACAAUGGAUGCGAUGUUAGCUGAAAUUCAAACGAAAUCAGCGAAAUCUUUGGAGCUAUUCCAUAGAGAAUGCCCGAAUCUUUCGCAUUUAAUGGACAACGAUCGUUUCGAUCUGGCAUUUUUUCGUCUACGAACGGAAUUGAAACAAUACGAACAUGAACUAGCUUGGAUAUUGCGACAAUGCUUCUCUCGUACAACAACCUUAGCUAGUAAAUUGACGUUAUUAGAUGUUUUCCAUGGCAUCUAUCAACGUGAUGUCAUCCAACGUGCACUCGCUAAUGAAGAACAAUGGAUCAUCGAUAAUCUUAAACAUGAAUUUCAAUUAGUUACGCAAUUAGUUCAUUCAUCGCAUAUGAAUUAUCCACACUGGCCACCCAUAGCGAGACAAUUAUUGUAUCUAUAUGGAUUAAAACAAAGAAUUGAUCUUUAUAUGAACCAGUUCAGUGAACUUUGUCCGAAAAUAAUGAACAGCGACGUUGGUUGGGAGUUAAAAGAAGGAUAUCGAAUUGCGAAAGAGAAAAUACAAAAAAGCGAAGAUGAACUUUAUACUCAAUUGGAACAAUCAGCGACAAGUCAAAUUUCAGAUCUUUUGCUACAACCGGUUUUCAAAACGUCACUAUUAGCUGAUGAAGUCACGAAUCUUCCGAUCAUCGAAGUUAAUUUGGAUAAUGCACUGGAUUGUUUAUUACGAGAAAUUCGUUAUAUUACAGGCGAACCGUUGAAUUAUAAAAUUCCGGGCAAAUAUCGUGAAUUAAUACCCUUAUUAGACAAUGAACGAGCACUUCGAUUACAUGUUGAACGUCUUCGAGUGGUUGCUACGAAAUAUAACUAUUUAAUUGGACAUAUGGAAGCAGAAGAACGUGAUUUAUUCGAAUCGAAACUCAGUCGUAUUGAUGAAAUUAUUCAUCGAGGUUUAACAGAAGUCACAUGGAAAAGCUUGAAUUUAGCGGAUUAUAUCGAACAAGCGUACGGAUUGAUCAAUAUGGAUGCCAGUAUCGCCCUUGAAACCGUUCAGCACGAUGUCUCCUUAAUCAAAGAACUAGCUUUCAACUGGUCUCAUAUUCAUGGCGAUAUAUUCGAUGAAACUGAACAUAAUUUGCAACUGACAUUUCAAGAAACACUUCAGAAACAUCAACAUGUUCAAGCAGCUUUCAAUGAAAAGCUGACGAUCGAUGGACAUAAAAUCCAUUCACUUGCAGAUAAUAUCGCUAAGGUCGUUGGCGUAAGUUUAUCGUCUCCAUCGUGGUUGAACUACAUCGAUUACUUAAAUUCAUUGGUGUUGAACGGCAUCAAAGCCACGAGUUUGAUCAGUAUGAAAAAUAUGUUAGUAGCGAUGAGUGAUGAAACCAAUCAAGUUAUUAAUAUUGUCGUACAAUUGAACGAUUCGGAAUUGUCAUUUUCACCUCCAUUGGUUCCAGUGACAAGUGAAUUAAGUUUAGGAGAGAUUCUAUUAGAAUGGAUUGAAACAUUUAUCAAUCGAGGAGAGUAUAUUGAAUUGCUCGGAAAUGAUCGAACAACAAGAUUCUCUCAGAUUAUCAAUCAAGAUCCGUUGAUAGUUGAACUACGUGAGAAAAUCACUCAAUUAAUUGAAGAUACUUGUUCGGAAUCAUUGAAAUUUUUCGAUGAUUUCUCUCAAUAUGCAUUCUUGUACCAAAUAUCCGUCAAUCAAUCGUUUCAGUUAUUUCUGCACGGAAAUAAACGAAACCGUUUAGCAACGCCGAAGAAUUUUCUCAAUGAACAGGAUGCUGGCAGACGAAGUGUAUAUUCGUUGGCGUCAAUUCCGACGGCAGAAUUAAUCGAUCAAGUGGAACGUUCUUUUCUCUGUGCGACAAGUGAAAAGGAAGAUUUGCAACGUAUUCCACUUCUACAAGAAUUCGAGAACGAAAUGAAAAUUUAUCAAGUUUGCUUAUCUGACCUGCUCACAUUACCCGACUGUUGGAAUGUUCAUUGGAUUCGAAUUGAUUUAAAACCAAUUAAACAAACAUUCACCAGUCUCGCACAUAAAUGGCUAUGGAAAUUCUGUGAUUAUCUUCAUAAUCAGACAAACAAAUCCCUAGACGUUGUCGAUAACUUUCUCAUUGCCAUGGAACCCGAAAUCGAAUCGAUUAGCGGUCUUGAGCAUGACACCGAAACUUUCAUGAAAAUCAUGCGGUUAUUCAAUUCUGUCUCGGGUAAACAGCAUGAAGUCGAAAUACGCUUCGAACUAAUGCGUCGAACAUUAUCCUUACUGAAAAUCUACUCCGCAUCGAAUGAGAACGAGAUGACUUUGAAUGAAAAAUACCAAACAAUUAUGACUCGUUGGCAAAACUUGAAGACGAAAGUCAUGCAAGCCAAACAACGUCUAGGACCGACAUUGAAAGAAGAAUCCACGUUCAUCAUCCGAGAUUUAAAAGCAUUUCAAAGUCAAAUCAAUCAAUUAAUUCAUGAUAUCAACCAAUCAACGUUAUUCUCCCAUCAAUUAACAUUUACUCAAGCACAACAACUACUACAUGAAUUUUCCGGUCGACAAAAGGAUUUGGAUAAACAAGCACCGGAUUAUAAACAAUUGCAGACACUCUUGGAUACGAACAUAAUUGAUUUCGAGAAAUUAUCAAAAUAUAAAGAGAUGUUGAAGAAUCUGACGCUCACAUGGAAAACUGUCAGGGACGUUCGUCGUUAUUUCGAUGAAAUCAAACAAGAACAAUGGCAGAAACUGGAUAGUAAACAAGUUCUAACAGCUUGUGAGAAGUAUCAUGAAACGAUGCAAUCUUUGCCGAAAGUGGUUCGACUUUGGGAUGUUUACACAUUCACUGAUGACGAAAUCAAACGAAUCAAAGUCUGCGCACAAUUGCUUGAUGACUUAUCCAAUCCGGCACUGCGUACUCGCCAUUGGAAACAGAUCAUUCGCAUAACCGGAGGACACACAUUAAUGGACAGCGAUACAUUUCGUCAGUUGACUUUUGGCAAACUUUUCACUCUGUCUUUUCAAGAUUAUGCGGAGGAAAUUCGAGCAACGGUGAAACGUGCGGAAAAGGAUUUUCAACUGGAAUCGACUUUGAAAAGUUACGAAGAAAUCUGGUUGAGUAAAACAUUUCAAAUGGUGCCUUAUCAAACGGUAAAACAUAAAACUGAAGAACGAAAAGAAUCGGAGAGAAAUCCAUCGUCUCGAAGUCGUCGACCACGUGUGAGUAUCGCGUCAACGUCACAAUCAAUGUCAAACGUCGAUCCAAAUGCAGAGAAAAUGUAUCUGUUGUCGAAUUUGGAUCAGAUGUUUGCAGAAAUGGAAGAUCAUCAGAUAAACUUAGAAAUUCUUCAAACCAACCAAUCAGCUGGCUCAUUUCUCGAUGAAAUUGCUAAAUGGCAAUCGAUUCUACAACACAUCGAAGAAGUUUUACAACAAUGGAAUACUGUUCAACAACUUUGGCAGAAACUCGACUCAAUCCUUCCGAUUCUUCAAUCGGAUACACAAUUGAGCAUCAUGUUUUUCAAAAUAGAUCGAGAGUUUCGAGGUUUAAUGGUCGCAGUUGCGAAUGAUAACAAUGUUUUGAAAUGUUGUCAGAAGAAAAAUCUUCUUCCGCAAUUGAAAGUUCUGUCGACUCAUUUGCAGAAGUGUCAAGAUAUUCUGCGAAAACAAAUGUUUAACGAAAAUAAAGGCGGACGAUACAAUUUUCUUACUGAUAUCCAACUAUUUGAUCUGAUCACAACAGGCUCGAAUAUUCGGCUGCUAAGCGAACGAUUUUCUUAUAUUAUCCCUGGAUUGAAGAGUUUGAUCUUUUCGGAAGAAGUGAAAGACGAAGUAGUUGGCUUGAUUACUCAAUAUCACGAAGAAAAGAUUAUUUUCAGCAAUAAAAUUUCGUUCGAAGGGAAUAUUGAAUCAUUUGUUGACAAAUUGACCGCUGCAGUGAAAGAAACGACAAAUCUUUUCAAUGUAGAAUUGACGGAAAAUAAUCAAUUGGAUUUCAUUGACUGGUUAAUGAGAUAUCCUCGACAAACGAUCAUUCUUGUUCUUAAAAUAAUCUUCACACAAUUGAUCGAACAAAGCUCGAAAGGAAAAGAUUUCGAACAGAAACUAAUGGAAUUAUCGAAGAAUUUGAUUGAAGAAAUCAAUCACAUACGAGAGAACACAACCGAUGAAUGCGUUCUAAUCAAUACCAAACAAUCGAUCGGCAAGUUAGAAGAUGUUCUAACUUUAAUCUCGUCCUAUCUAACACGUUUACCAAUCAAUACGAACUCCUUCGAAUGGCAAUUUACUCUGAAAUAUCAUUCCAAUUCACAAACCAAACAAGUUUCAAUUCAAUGUCUGGAAAAGUCCAUCGAUUAUGCAUACGAUCUGAUUUCGAACAAAGAAAUUUUCACUCCAAAGGAGCAUCACUUUCUCGGCAAGAUCUUUCUUUCAUUAGGAGCACCCGGUGGAACACUUAUUCUCAAUCAGAAUAGUAAUUAUCUAAUCGAACAUCUUUCAUCGGAUAUCGGUCGAAAUCUAUUUCGAAUCGAAUGUAAUUCCACAACCGAUGAUUGUCAGAUUUUGAAUUCAUUCGCUGGACUUUGUCAAGGAAAUCUAUUUCUAUUCAAUCAUCUGAAUAAACUCAAUCAAAGAGUGAUGCAACUAUUCAUCGAAUUAUCCACAAAUUUAUAUGACGCGAUCUUGAAAAAGAACAAAUCAUUUGAAUGUGUGUCUCGGACGUUUUCAUUAGUUGAAUACAAAGAUAUAAACUAUUUAUCGACUGUUUAUCCGUCGACAAUUCAAGAUUUCUCUGUGUUAAAAAGUGAUGUGAUUGUCGAUUACCGAGUUGUCACACUUUCCCAACCAGACUACACGCAUGUGUUCAUUGCUCAACUGAUCCAAUCCGGUUUUCAUUAUGCAUUCGACAUUGCUACUCGCUUUCUCAAUCUGCUGUCCUAUACAGUGAAUCAAUCAUUAACAGAAAAUCUUUCUCGACUCGGUAUCAUCGUUCCAAAAAUGGAUCUAAAUCCUACCUUGAUCAAAAUGUUGAUCAAGUUCGCGAAAAAUUAUCUGAAAACUCAUUCUCAAGAAGAUGAAGAACAGGCUUUAUCCAACGGUUUAGCCAUAAUCUCGAAAUGUUUCAACAGCGAAGAUAAACAAGCAUUUCAAUCGUUGAUCAAAGCGAAGAAUCAGUCAUUCAAGGGUACAAUUCCAAAAUCCAUUCCAUUCGAUAGUUUAGCUACAACAAAUCGCCAUUUCGGAGAGAAAAUUUGGAAUAUAUCCGAUGCGUUUGAAUUAGCUUUGAAACAAUUUCAAUUGAAUAUCAAUGAAAACAUUCUCAAUAAGCUAUUUCAAUUGCAUCAUCUCACUGAAAAUCAUUCCAAGAUUCUCAUUAUCGGACAAUGUCAAUCUGGCAAAAGUUUGUUGAUGAAAGUGUUUCUCAAAGCACGAUCGUUUCUCUAUCCGAAACAAGUUUAUCAUCAUUUAAUGCUACAAUUAUGGCCUGCGGAGAUCCUAUUCUCAAGAUACAAUCACGAAAAGGGCCUUUUUCAACAAGGGCUUCUACCAAAUAUCGUCAAAAACACCGAUGAUAAUCUUUAUCUUCAUCUCGAUGGUUUCAAUCCGGAUGAUUUGAGCACACUCGAAGAUUUCGUUCUUAAUCUUGAUCACGGACACGUCUUUUGGGAGCUAGAAAACUUGAAUGAUCUAAGCCCAACGUUCCUAUCCUCAUGUAUUAUGUUGAAUAUUGAAGAACCCAUCUGGACAUGGCGAGAUUUAGUCUAUUCAACAUUCUCGAAUGAGCAUAAUGAUAAUGAAAUCUACGAAGAAUUGCAAAAGAUACUCAUCGAUUAUAUUUCAAGAAUCGAAUCGUAUGAUAUCAAAGAUAAGCCAACUGUCAAGAUCUCAUUCAUGUCGAAAAUAUCCAUGGCAGUGACAUUACUGAAGACCUAUUUGAAAAAUGAUAAAUGUUCACCGAUUGAUCUGCGUGCGUUGGUGGAGUAUACUCUUCUCUGGUCAUUCAUUACACAUGUGGAUCGAGAUGCAAAGAGACACUUCGAGAAUUGGUGGAGACAAACGUUCCAUAACAUUCCAAAAGAAAAAUCUUUAACGGAUUGGAUGUACGACACUGAUACUCAUCAAUUCGUUCUUUGGGCGGAUACGAUUCCUGCAUUUAAUCCUGCAGCACAUCAAGGAAUUCCAAAUAACAUCUUCGUUCAUACACCUUACACGAUGGCAUUGUCGCAUUUGGUUAGCUCAAUGACAGAAGAUGAUCAUCCUGUUCUGUUGAUUGGUGAUCGCGGAGUUGGAAAAAGUGCGUUGAUCAACGAUCGAUUAAAAGCUACAUGCGGUGGUGAUAUCAGUGAUGAUUUUUACAUCACCGUCAACUGCAAUGCUGAGACUGACGCGCUCUUCGCUUACGAAAAAAUCGAAGAACAAUUGCAGUGGAAACAUUCGUGCUAUUACACAACUAAAGGAAAUCGAAAAAUGUUCUGUUUCAUCGAUAAUCUCAAUCUCGCCAAGAUUGAUCGCUGUGAAUCUCAAUCCUUAGUCGAAUUAUUACGUCAACACAUUAGUUCUCAUGGGAUCUACUCACCUGUCACUUCCAAUUGGCAGUAUAUCGAUAAUGUAACGUACGUCGUUACAUUGAAUUCAAAUCAAAAGUUGGCUACAUACAAUCGUCUGAUGAAAUACUUCCACAUCAUUCAAAUGGACAUGCCGAGCGAGUCAGAUUUGGUGUCGAUCUUUUCGAAAUUGGUUAAUCGACAUUUUAUUGGUGAUAGUGGAGAAAGUCAACUGAAAGAAACGAGUGAAAGCUCAAGUCGUGCCUCGACAGCAAAACAAUCUACACAUGAUUCAUCGAAUAGUUCCAAAGAGAAAAUAAGUUUGUCAACUUAUAAACGUAUCGAAGAGUUUCGUUCGAUUAUCGAUCGAAUCGUCAAAGGCACCGUAGAUUUAAACGAACGAAUGCGAACGAUGUACCAAAUCAAUCAUCAACGUAUUCAUUAUGUCUUUUCCAUGAAGCAGUUAACACAACUAUUUCGUAAUCUGUGUGUUAGUUUAACACCGGAGUGUGCAAUUGAGGAUUUACUGGAAUUGUGGCAUCAUGAAUGUGAAUGGCUGUACGGAAAACGACUGUUUGAUCAAAUUGACCAACAACGAUAUCAGCAAUUGUAUAAAACGAUUGUGAAGAAAUAUUUUAUGAACAUGAUUAACGAACAGCAAGUCCUACUGGCUGAAAAUCAACAGUUCUCCAAUUUACAAGUGACAGAAAGCGGUAUGAUCGUUGCGAAUUUAACUCGAGAUGCUCAAAGUUAUUCAACUGAUAACUAUAUUCUUGUUAACGAUCGUCAUCGGAUCGAAACCUUAGUUCACAAUGCGAUCAAUGAAUACAACAAAGAAAAGCCGAAGAUCAACUUUCCACUCUAUUCAUGUUACAUCGAUCUCCUCUGUCGAUUAUGUCAUACAGUUCAAACUGUGGAUGGUCAUUGCUGCAUUAUGGCUGAAGGUGUUCUCGAUCCGUGUUUAAUUCACUUAUUUGCCUCGGUUGUUGGCUAUCAAUUAGUUUCCUUUGAAACUAGCCAUUUGAUAACAUCGAACGAACAGAUGAAAACAUUUAUCAAACAGAAGUUAACCCAAACGUAUAUCGAUGCCGGAAUCCGAAAUGAGAAAAUCGUGAUUUUAAUCACCGAAGAAGAUUUUCGACAUCUAGAUUUGAUUAUCAAUAUCACGAAUUUGAUCAAUACAGAAGAUAUUUCCAGUUUAUUUUCAUUGCAAGAAGAAACAACAGUGAUCAAUUCAGUUCGAACGCAAGUCCAACAAGCGGGUUUGACUUAUUCGAAAGCUGUAGCAUGGGAUUUCUUUCUUCGAAACGUCAAAGAUAAUAUUCGAGUGGUGAUCUUAAUUAACGAAAUCGAUAAUAAACUAUGUUUGGAACAUCCGUCAAUAUUCAAUAAUAUUACAUUGAUCUAUUGGCAACACUGGGAUACUCAAACUUUAGUACAAAAUGCACUCUAUCAUCUGAAAGAUGUUUCAUGGUUGGAUAAGAAUGCAAGCGAAAAUACUGCUCAUCUACUUGCAUCGAUGCACCUUUCCAUUCGACGAGCGAAUGCCAAUCAAACACAUCGACUACCGCACACAAAUAAUCACACAUUUACUAAAUUCGUCGAAAAAUUUGUGAAGAUUGUCAAUGAAAAAUCAACGAAUGUUUCGGACAACCAUCACGAUGUUCAACAUCUCCUCGAGCAAAUCCAAUAUCAACACGAGACAUCGAAGAAAUUGGAAAAAGAAUUACAACAUGAAAAGAUCGUUCUCGAAGAACGACUCAAAAGUACUAUCCGCAUGUUGACUCAAAUCGGUCAAGAUAUGGUUACCGCUGAACAACAAAUUCGUGCGCAUAAAUCUCAAACACGACGAACAGUUCAGUUGAAACGCUUGUUACCGGAAUACGAACUAUCUCAAGAGAAAAAUCUCUAUAAAUGCUUAGCAAUUGCAACCGACGCGAGAAAACUAAUUGAAGGAUUAGAUAUGAAAUCGCUGCAAGAAUUACGAUCGGUAACGAAAGCUGAGUCACCGAUUGAAAAUACAUUGGCUGCUGUAAUUAUGAUUCUGAAAUCACCAACUGCGGAUUUAACGUGGCAAAAAGGUGCGAAACGGCAAUUGGCGAAUCUUGAUCGAUUUCUCGAAGAAACUCAAACAUUCGAGAAGAUUAAUUUAACUGAAGAUCAAAUCAAUUUGAUUAAUUCAGUAAUCGAUCGAGUCGAUCUCGGAGACAAAAGUGUCACUCAAGCAUCGUAUUCGAAUGCGGUGGUGAUUCUUUAUAAAUGGGUGAAACGUGUUUUACAAUAUCAUACGGUUCUUUUGAAAAAAGUCAAACCGAUUCAUCAGAAAUUAAAGGAAGUUCAAGAUGAUGUCUUGGAACAGGAACAACGAUUGAUUCGAUUGGAUAAUAAGAGUCAAGCAUUAGAAGCUCGAUUGAAAGAUUUAUCGCAAAACUUUGAAGAAGCCACCGUCGAUAAGAAAGAUCAAGAAGAAACAGUCGCCAUGAAAGACAAUCAACUGAAAAUCGCCUCACAACUGAAUGAAAUUUUAUCACGAGAACUAGAUCGAACAAGUAAAAUCUUCGAAUCCAGCACUGAACGUCAAUCGACAUUAACUGGAACGUGUGCGAUAGCCGCGGCAUUUCUCAUCUACCUCGGGCCCUAUGCCUAUGGAUUUCGUCGUUUGAUGUUAACUGCUCAAUGGAUCAAAUGUAUUCGCGAUCGAGGUAUGACCAUCGUCUUCGAUCAAAUCUCCAGCGUGAAAGGUCGAACGAUUAAAUGGCAAUUGGAUCCGAACGAUGACCAAAAAUUUGCCAAUGGCAAUGAAUAUCGACAAAUGGUUGUAUCAUUAAUCGAAUUUCUCCUUGGUGAUCAAACAAAUCUCGAAUGGUUAAGUCAAGGAACAUUACCGUCUGACAUGGAAAAUCAUACAAUUAUUGUACAAUCAGUUCAAUAUUCUCCAUUUCUCAUCGAUCCAUUUGGGCAAGCUGAUCAAUGGAUGGAGAAGUAUUACAACGUUCAAACAGUACAUUUCGACGAUGAGUCGACACAAGAUGUUGUUGUUGCAAUCGAGCAAGGGUUUCUAUCCGGUGCGAAGAUCUAUGUGAAAAACUGUCAAUCACUCGACAGUCUUCUCUAUCCAAUUGCGCAAUGGAAAGCCACAUCUGAAGAAUCGCGUGUAAAAGAUGAUUCGAAUUUACUUUUCUAUUGUGGCCGUCGUUUGUACUGUAAUCCAUCGUGUCGUUUUUAUUUUCAUACCAACUGUGAUUCGUUGGAAAAAGUCUCUUCAUCUCUCUCGUUAUUAACUACACCGGUCAAUUGUCAAUACAGUGUCGAAACUCUCUUAGACGAUCUUCGUCAACAAGUGUUCCAACGCAUCCAACCAAGUUUAUACAAGAAGAAAUUAUCGAUCUAUCGACUGAUACUGCUAUGCCAACAGAGAAUUCAGGCCAUAGAUACUUUUCUGAAGUCGAAUACUAUUAGUGAUGAAUUCAAAGAUGAAGAAGUCGUCGUAACAUCAGUCGCUAUCGAACGAAAAUAUGCUUUGGGUGGCAUCGUUGAUCAAUGCAAUGAAAUUUUAGAUUCAAUUGAAAUUUACCAUGAUUAUUAUUUCCCUUAUGCUCAACAUGGCGCAUUGCUUUAUUCUGUUUUACAACGAAUCAAUCUUCUCUCGCCGAAAAAUUAUCAAUUCUCCAUUGCAAUCAUCUAUUCACUGCUGGAUCAAUUUAUUCCAUUGAAUCCGACGAAAGCAGUUGAGGAAACCGAAAUUUGGAAAGACGUGGAAGACAAACAACAUCCUCAACUUCCAUCGUUGAUCGAAACAACGAAUUUGAAAAAAGAAGAUUUGUCAGCACCUGAUCAUAAACAGAUCGACGACAAUCUCAAGAAAAUGAUCCAAUCGUUCAUCAAAAUCAUUCUUCCACAACUAGCCAGUGAUCAUCGUUUAGAAUUUCUCGUUCUUCUUCAUUUAUUACUAAAAACCGCUGUUGAUACCACAACGGAUGGUAAAAGCGACAUCCUUCAGUUAGAAUUUCUUGCCACGGGUUUACCCAGAAUCGACAGUCAAUCUCCAAUAUAUCCGUCGACGUUGAAUGAGAAGCCUAAAUGGAUCAGUUCUGAUCUUGUCUGGUUCGACGUUGUUUCCUUGACAAACCUCUUCAACAACGAAGAUCUUCUCUAUCAUCUAUCGGAUAUUAUUCGAAAGAACGACCAGCAGUGGAAGACUUUCUACGACAAUCCUUCACUGAAUUCAGUUCCAACGAGCAAUGGCAAAUCAUUCUCUCAGUUAGAUAAGUUAGUUAUUAUAAGAAUUCUUCGUCCGGACUAUUUCAUCAUUGCACUACGCGAUUAUGUCAUUGAACAGUUCGAUUUGAAUAAUCUUCAAAAUGAUGAAAAUGACUUUCAAGGUGUUCAUAUUGUCAAUCUACCGUUAAUUCCAGUAAAGUCUGUUAUUCCAGGCGAAUUUCUUGUGAAUCAAAUCGAUAUCGAUCAUUAUCUUGGAAAUCAUUUGAAAUCGAAAGGAAAGAAAGUUCGCGAGAUCGAUUGUUUGUUUGUUAACACUAUAUUCGACUCAGGUGAUGAAUGUGAUCUUAUCUACUUAAAAAAUAUUCAUCAAGCAUCAACCGCACCGGCACUUAUCAAACGUAUUUGUCGUCAAAGUCGAAAUAAUGUGAUCGUGACGAGAGAACCAUCGGUUGAUUUCGUCUACCUCGGCGCGCGUCUUCAUCAUUACGAUUGUUUAAUUCAAGGAAAAGUUCCUCUUGCGAAUAUCUUAUAUCAAAAUUCGAAUAGUUAUCUACGAGAAACGCUUGGUCAAUUGAUAUCGAAUAGUUCGUCGAUUCUUCGUCAAUGUCAAGGCGAUGAAUUGACAAUCAUUUACGGCACGAUUGUAAUUCAAGCUAUUCUUGUUUAUUAUCAAGAAAUCUUUCAACAGAGUCAUUUUACACUUCAAUGGACAAGAAACUUGUCGCAAUUUGUUUUGCAUCUGAUUCGAAGUAAUAAAGACAAAAGUUUCGUUCGAGAUUUGAUUGAAAUGGCCUAUCCAAUGCAUUCGCCAUUGUUAACGAAACUUCUGAAUGAAUUAUUUCCACAAGUAUCAUCGAAAACAUCCAUUCGAUUGAACGAUUGUCAAUUCGAAAUUCCGCAAACCGAAAGUCAAUUCAACCUCCAAUGGUUUCUAUCGAAACAUUCGAAAGUUAAUUUAACUUUCAACGAUUAUCCAUCGAAACAGAAAUCUCUUCAACAUCAAUUCGACAUCUUCGCUGAACAAUUAAAUAAACUAUGGCAUGAAAAAUCCGAAACUAUUUUUCAAAAUCUACACGUUUCGUUAAUUCACGAUAAUCUUCAUUUGCUGAAAGAGCGUUUACCACCAUUGUUAAAUCUACCAUCUGGAAUCGAUUUCAAACAAGAUUUGAUUAGCAUUGCACUUUAUCAGGAAAUGGUUUAUUUUAAUAAACAAGUAGAAGCAAUAUUCAAAGAUAUUCAAGAAAUGGAAGAUAUGUUAGCAUAUGGAAGUUUACUAUUAGAGAAGAAUUUGAAGUUCAAAGCGAUCGGAUUUGAUCUUCAACGAAAUCGAGUUCCAUCGCGAUGGUUUUCUGAACAUUCAUCGGCACCGAAAUCACUUUCAAUCGUGCAAUUUAUCCACCAAUGUCGACAUCGAUUUAAUGAAUAUUAUUCUUGGAUGAAAUCUUUCGAUAAUGUCGAAAAACUUGAUUCGCAGUGUAUUCAACGUUCGCGACAUCUGAUUGAAUUGAUGUGUCUAUCGCAAGCAUUGAAAUUAAACAUUACACUCGAUAAAGUUCAAUGUAUUGGUCAAUGGACAUCGAUGAAAGAGAAAAAAUAUUCUUCCGAUAGUCGACAUUUGAUUCUCAACGGUGCGAUUGUAAUGAAUGGAAUUGUUGAAAAUAACAAUCGAAUUAAACCGACUAGUGGAACGAGUCAUCCAUGUCCUGCGAUUGAAAUUUUUGCAACGGAAUCGAAAAUCGAUGGUCAUCUAUGUCCAGUCUAUGCAACAGCAUCAUCUCGUCUUGAUUCUCCAUUGUUUCAUUUGAUCGUCAACGAAACCAUUGACCCAAUAGUCUUUAUUGUUUUGCAAAAUGAUAAUGAAGACAUGGGAAGAAUUCCAUAUCCAACAGUGAUUCGUCAGGAACAAGAAAAACCAAUGGUUACUAGAAAUGAAUUAACUUCAUUUCGUGAAAUGUCACCGAUUUCUCAAUUAUCUCAAUCAAGAGAUGGCGAAUCAGAGACACCUUCUGUCAAAGAUAUUCAAAGAGACGAGCCUAUGUUAGGUUUUGAAUGA